AUGAAAUGUAGCUUCUCGUUCCCUCAGUUUAGAAAAGUUUCCUCUCAGCCGACGCUGGAAGUUGUGGAAAAAAAGAGGCUGAUGUGCGACUCUAACAAACUAAUUUUUGAAAAGAUGUACCCUGAGGAAGACGCAUUAAUCUACUUAGAUACGGACAUUGUGUUCCUGCGACCGAUAGAAGAUCUGUGGAGAGCAUUUAAAAAUUUCAACGAUGAUCAGUUGCUUGGAGCUGUAACGCCUUUGUGGAGAAUCUUCAGUGACAAACCUUUCACCGAGCUUGAAAAGAUGGCCAAUUUCGCUGGACGGGGUUUCAACUCUGGUCUUCUGCUCCUCAAUCUUACGCGCAUCAGGAGCCAGGCUGAGAAAUGGCAGGCCGCCCUCCAGUCGGCUUUGGAAUUUGCUAAGCCUUUACUUAGCGACCAGAAAGUUUUCAACGUUAUGAUGAAUUUGGGCAUCCUUGAUCUUGAGCACCGCUAUCCUGCCGUCAUCAACUCUACGCGCGGCAAGGACAGGGGAACCUUCAUCGCCUUCAACGGCCACGAUAGCCAAACACGAGAGAACAUCAUCAACAACCUCAAGAAAAAAGGGUAG